AUGGGUCCUCGGGGAUGUUCAUUCUCUGGCUUUUCUCAACCAGGUGACAUCCAUGCUGCCUUCGAUAUUCCCCGAGGUGUUGAUGCCGAAGAGUGGCUCCGCAUGAGAGAGCGAAAGUCAAUCAACCAGAUCCUCUACUCCAGCUACCCUACAUCACAAGAGAUCGAUACAGUCAAGGAUCAACAACAGAUGGACGCAUUCAACGUCAACGAACAGGAUCUUCUAGCCGUCGCCCUUGGCGCACCAGCAAGGCAGGUCAUGUUGAGGGCAGAAGAGAUUGGUCCCAUGACAGGCUGGAAGGACGGCUACCUCAGCACAGAGCACGGCUUCUGCCCACUAGACUACGACGAGGCCGCCGGCGCUCUGGCUAGAUCUCCCGGCCGUGUUUGGUCUGACCUAUGCGAGAGAAUGCCCGGAUGCGUGUCCCGCGGCCGGGUGAGAGAAUCGAUCGCCGCAGCACCCGUCAUCGAGGGCACCGAAGACAUCAUCCCUGACCAAGCUCUGUGGGCUGCCCUUGUUGCGCUGGGCAUGCUCUGCUCGAUUUACCGCUUCGAGCAAAAGUACGAUGGCCACGACGGCGUCAACGCAACCACGAACCCGUCGAAGUUGAGGUUGAACUGCAAGAUGGGCGACCACUUGGGAGAGGAGUUGGUCGGCAUUCCCCUCAGCAUCGCGUUGCCCUAUUUCCAGGUGUCCCGCCGCAUGGGACGAACACUUCCUCACCUCACCUUCGUCGACCAAUCGUCAUAUAACUUGAAGGUCAAGGAUGCGACAUCAAGCUAUCCUUACGUCGCCCGGUUCGACAACAUUGAACUCAGAUGGCCCAUGUUCGGCGAGCGUGCCGAGGUGGCCUUUUUGAAGGGAGUUGCAGAGACAUCCGCUUCCUUCCAACAUGGCCCCGACGCCAUCGCUGCUUGCCAAGAGCAUGUCAUGAACCGCAACAACGAGGGCCUUCUCCACGAAAUGAUCCGACUGAAGGAGAUUCUUGAGCGCAUGCCCAACGCCUUCCAUUCGAUUUCCACGAACCCGAACGCGGGUGAGAACUACGUUCCUGUUCAGCAGUGGGUUCGUUGGGCCAAGUUCUCUGCCCCUCUUUCGAAACGCUGCCCUGCCUCUUCGGGCUUGCAGUUCCCACCUUACCUCGUGAUGGAUGCGUUUUUGGGAAGAAAAAAAUACACCUCCUUCCUCGGUGCCGAGGGUGUUCACCUUCGUGCCUGGCUUCCUUCCAACUUGCGCGCCUUCAUUGCAGCCAUCGAAUACCACUAUCGAAUUCCCGAGUACGUCCAGCAAUCAGGCGAUCCCAGAUUGAUGGGCGUUCUCGAUGGUAUCGUUGAAGCCUACACUGGCGAGCGCGGCUUUAUGGGUGUCCACCGUUACAAGGUCUUCGGCAUCCUUGAAGUUGCGGCCAAGACCGGUCGCACCGAGACUAACGGUGCAUCUGGCGCUGCUGAUGGAGAGCGCCCGUGGGAAGAAACACAUCGUCAAUUUUCCGAGGCCAUGAAAGAGCGUCUCGAGCCAUACCGGGGAGCUUUGCCAGUCGAGCCCCAUCAAAUGAGAGGCACGUUCGAAGAGUGCCGCUACGUCACCAGGGUGUUGGAUAGGUCUUUCGUGGAUUCCGAUCCCACCCGCUCAAUCGCGAUGGUGACGCUUGAUAUCCGGGAGACCGGAAUCACGUGGGCUCCUGGAGACCGUUUGGCGGUGAUGCCUCUGAACGGCUGGGAAGAGUGCGCCAAGGUCAUCGCCGCCCUUGGUCUCGACCAACAUAUCGAUGCGCCUGUGGAAGUGUCCGGAACUUGGGCCCGGUUUGAGAUGCACCUCGGCUCCGUGAGAAGGACCGCAACUCCCAAGCUGACUGUGAGCGACAUCCUUCGCCGCGGACACCUUGCCCCGAUCACGAAGGAUAUGGCCCUCAAAAUCCACGGCAUGCUGCAUGCGUCCUCCAACACCGUCUUGCAAGUCCUCAGCACCGAUGAAUGGCCUGUGAGAGGUUCCUUGGGUGACUUGCUGCAGGAUGCUGUCAUGGACACUCCGGCCCAGAUUUGGGACAGAGUCUUCAACCUCGAUGACCUGUCUUGGUUGGCCGACCUCAUUCCCCUAGAGGUUCCGCGCACCUACUCCAUCGCCAGUUACACCGAGGAGCUCCUGCCGGAGACCGUUGACCUCGCUGUCUCCCGUUCCGAGUACAAGCUCUGCUCUACUUUCUCCAAGGGCAACGAAAUCACCCGUUCUGGUGUUUCCAGUGGCUUCCUCAACCCAUCCGUGGAGCUGGGCGACAUCGACUCUGACGACGAGAUUCUCAUCGGCGUCUCACGACCGGCUGCUUUCCAGCUUCCCCUCGACCCGAUGGCCCCUUGUGCUUUCUUCGCCGGUGGCAGUGGUAUCGCUCCCUUCCGCAGUUUCUGGCAGGCUCGUCUCGCCCACAGCGGCUUGUCCGGCGGCAAGAACUCCUUGUACCUCGGAGUUCAGUCUCGCGAGAAGUUCUGUUUCGAAGAAGAGCUUCGACAAUACGUCAACGCCGACUUCAUGGAAGUCCAUGUCGCGUUUUCCAGAGACUCUCGCGGCCUGGCUUACGAGGGACACGACCUCGUCGAGAAGCAUAUCCCCCCUCGCUACAUCGACACCUUGAUCGUGGAACAGGGCGCAGCCAUCUGCGACCUGGUGAUGUCCAAGAAGCAGGGUGGUCUCGGUGGCUACCUCUACGUCUGCGGUUCCGUCGCCGUCUUCGACUCCGUCAUGCAGGGAAUCCGAAAGGCGAUUUACACCUACAGAACCGCCACGGAGAGCGGCGUCGAUGUCAUCGUCAACAAGGCGUUUGCCGAAAGACGCUUCAUGCUCGACGUCUUCAUGACCCCGAAGCCCCUGCCAUGCACUCUGCCGACCAUUCCUCUGUCGCAAUUGGCCCUCCACACCGGCCACCGCCCCGGCUCUCGCAUGUGGAUCGGCGUUCACGGGAGCGUCUACGAUGUCACCGACUUCUGUCCCAUGCACCCAGGCGGAACCCUCAUCAUCAAGUCCAACGCCGGUGUCGACUGCACGAAGUCUUUCGACAACCUCGCCCACACAAACAACCCCGAGGUCGCUAGUCUACUGACAAAGUACUUCGUCGGCCACUUGACACCCAAGCCAGACUACGGAAGCGACGACAUCUCCGCCCUCCACGACCUGUGGUCCGCCUACCUGCGCAGCACGGUCGAGACCCUGGUCGCUCACCAGUUCGAGAUGUACGAGAUCAUGGGCGCCUCCCUCGAGACAUCCUCCUCCCACGACCCCGCCGGCAGCAACAACAUCUGGCUCCGCGAGUCCCUCCCCAACAUCAUCGCCGUCCGCACCUUCUACGGCUACCAGUCCCGUCUGCUCCAAGGCGGCUUCGCGGCCCUCUUCGGCCCGAAGCUCCAAGAACUCGUCCUCAAACUCUCCUUCGGCGUCGCCAGCGCCAACGGUCCCGCCGCGGACACCAAGCUCCCCGACGUCCUCGGCACCGUCGCCCGCGCGAAAACAAGCGGCGACGCGGCGAACUGCACAAAGGAGGUCGCCCUGGUCGGCCAGUUCGUCUGCGACGCCGACGCCUCCCUCCGCUUCCAAGAGCGCGGCGUCUUCGCCUACGCCGCCCGCAGCGUCGAGCUCGACAUCGCCCUCCUCGAGGACCUCCGCCAGGAAGCCUGUACCGGCAUGGACGCCUUCGACAGCAUCGCCGCCUCCAUCAAGGAGUCCUCCGACCCGGACGUCGAGAACACCCGCCUCACCGCCCUCUCCACCUUCCUCCUCCAAGUCCUCGAACGCAUGGCCCGCCACCUCGAGGUCUUCUACGCCCAGCUGGCGCGAUGCUCGGUCUACCAACCCCAGCUCGAGAAGAACCCGGCCCGCACCCGCUGGGCCCUCGUCCGCAGACGCAUCCGCGACGGGAGCCUCUUCGUCCUGGCCACCAAGGCGGAGCUCUCCUCGAACCUGCUCGACCCCAACAGUCAGCAGCCUUCUUACUACAUGUCCCGCGCGAACCCCAACCAAAACAUCGACUUUGACCGCGUCAUGGCGCAGGUUCAGGCCACGCUGCGACAGGACGCCAACACGCCUCGCAUGCACAGUCAGCAGCAGCAGCAGCAGCAGCAACCCCUGACGCUAAACGCCGUGCACCAGGCCCGAGGCCGCGUCGACACCGGCGACGUCAGCGCGGUCGCGAGCCGCGAGAACGCCGACGCCCUGCGCGCCAUGACCAGCUUCGUCGAGAAGAACAGCCGUGCCAUCCGCCGCCUCAGCAAGAUGCCCGCCGCGGCGCCCAUGAGCUUUGACGACAUCCAGCGCGCUGCCCUGCUCGACAUGUCGCAGAACGGCGGCGGCGGCAGCGGCAUGCUGUCGCCGCCCGAGAUGGCAGGCGACUCGCACCACCACCACCAACAGGAACAGGCGCUCUACGUCAGGAAGAGCAGCGCCGGCAACGGAAACAACAGGAUCCUCCCGACGCCCCCGUCGAGCCGCGGCUCGAGCCGCUCCCCCACGCGAUUCGGUCAGCCCCUGGGCCUCGGCAAACCAACCGCCGAGAUGCUCCUCUCCAAACUCAACCGCCCCCGCGGCGCAUCCCUGACGCGAAUGCCAUCAGGAUCAGUACCAAACUCGCCCGCGGCCCCGUACCCCGUCAUCGGCGGCUCGCACUCCCCACCGCCGCCGGUGGUAGACGCGCAGACGGCGCUGAGCUCGAUGAUGAGCCGCCUCAACACGCGGCCUCGAAGCGGCUCCGCGGCCGUCAUGUCCGCCAACAAUAACAAUCACUCCGGUGGCCUGAUGCGCACGCGAUCGCUCAUGAGCAUCGGCGGCGGCGGCGGCGGCGGCGGCGGCGGCAGCAGCGUCAGCAACGGCGGGAGGGGCCACGCCUCGCGGCCGUCGGGCGGGUCGUUGCGGGCUCUGAAGCUGCGGAGCGUGAUGGAGCAGAGCGAGGAGCGGGUCGCGCCUACGUUUUGA